GCACCAGUCGCUUUCUGCUGCAGCUUUGGAUUCAUUUUGCAGCCGCAGCGGAAAAAAAAACAAUGCUAAGGACAACAUAGUCUCUCCACACUGGGUGACUGAUCAUGGCCAGUCAGUGUAGAGAGGAUCCUCGCAUCCGUUCCAGGGAGCAUGCAGUCAGCCUAAUAACAGCUGCUGAGCCCCGGCAACAGGAACCGUCCGAAAACACCGGGGAGUCGUUGCGAGAGCUGCCGAGAUGGAUGCAUAUUUACCUCUAUAGCAUGCACGGCGUGACUUUGGAUGUCCUGCUGUCCUCUCUGCAGGGGGUUGUUACCAAUCGAGACCCUAAGCUGGUGGGCUUCUCCUCUCCGUAUCUGUGCAUCAUGCACGCGCUGACCCACUUUGUGCUGGAGAAGAUCUACUCCCAGAAGAAGUGUUUCCAAGGUCGGCCCGUGGUGUUCCACUUGGUCUUUUACCCGUCGGUCUACAUCGGACUGCAGAUCCUGAUCGGGAACAUCACCACUCUGACCGAGCAGGUGCGAGUGGUGUCUGGGACGCAACUGGUGGUCCACUACAUCCUGGCUCUGUAUUUCUCCCAGGUGUUUCACAGGGGGCUGGCGCACCUGCGGUACCACCCCGACUGCCGCUGCGCCGACCUCUGGAGGAGCCUCAGCGGUCCGGAUCGUCCUCCUUCAUGUGGACUCCCCGGGUUCGUCCGGUUCAUAUUUUUUGGGAUGCACGGUUUUCUGGACGAAGUGCUCUUCACGUCUCUGUUCAACCUGGUGGAGAAUUCCGACCGGACCCUCAGUGGCCACACGUCCCUUUGGUCCUUCCUGAUGUACGGCAGCUGCAGCUUUGUGGUGGAGAAGCUCUACUUUCACCUGCACUUCGGACGAGGCUGGGGGACAUGGCGGCGCCUGCCCAUCUACAUCUGCUUCAUCUACACCUGGGAGUUCUGCUGGGGGCUGGUGCUGAGGCAGUUUGACGCCUGUUCCUGGGAUUACUCCCACUACCCGCACAACUUCAUGGGACUCAUCACCCUCCUGUACCUGCCAGGCUGGGUGAUUCUGAGUCUGUACCAGGACGUGCUGUCCAACGUCCUGCUGAGAAUAAGGUGCACCAGAGGUCUAGAGUGUGUGAGUGAGGAGAGUGGAGAGGUCAACGGACAACUGGGGUCUAAGAAAAAAUAACGCUUAAUGUAAAAUAUGGCCCCCAAAAGAUAUAGCUACCGACUAUUAAAAGAAUGUUGAUACAGGUUAUUCUCAGCAACUUAGAAUAUCUCCAAAAUGUUUAUUUAUAUCUGUAAUUCUAUUCAAAAAGUGAAGCUUGUUUAAUGACCGAGGACAGGGUAAUAUCUUUGAAGUGUUUGUUAAUGAAUUCCCAAAAAGCCACAAAUAGUCAAUGGUCAAGAAGCAGUCUGUAUCUAGACAUAAUAAUGGAAGGUUAAGUGGAAGGAAAAAGGCUGAUGCCAUCAUGACAUGGCUUAGAGGUAAUGAAAACCUCAAAUUAAGUUUCUCAGUACAUAAGAUCAAAAAAUAAAAAAAAGUUUUAAUACAUAAAUGCCAGCCACAAUAAACAAGGAAAGGCUGCUGACUAUAGCUGUUGUACAGUAAACAGACAAGGGUCAGCUUUACAGGGAGGGUAAGCCAUAAAAGCUUUUUAUUUAAGACGCUGGCUGUUCAAUGAGUACUUUAUCAGAGCAAAUUAAUGAAGAGUUGAGUGGAAGGAAAGAGGCCAUUUUUAAAGCAGCCUUUUAUGCAGUAAAUCAUGUUCAAGGACUGAUUUAGCGUUUACUUCUAUUAAUUAUGGCUUGUUGAUUAUGGCUUAAAGUUAAUGAAAAUCCAAAAUUUUAUCUGAACAUUUGAAUAUUACAGUAAACAAAUAAAAAUAUAAAAAAAUAAAGGAUUUUUAAAUACAGAAAAGCUGACCUACACAAUCAUCUGUAGGUCCUGACUUGACAGUUGUUCGCCACACUGUCAUUCUACAUGAAGGAUAAGGCACCUUUUCUGCCUUACCCUUUGUGUAGAAUGACACAAAUGUAUCUAAGCAUACGAUGGGUAAUAUGUUUGGAUAUAGCACUCUACCCCAGAGUGUUGUAUCCAAUUACAUGUUAUAUAAUACUAAUUUGAAAAAAGGAUUUCAAAAAAGACAAAUUAUGCCAUGUACUGUACAAUAUAUGCACUCGGAACUCAGUGGUAACUAAGCACAAUUUUUCUACCACCUUCCACUAAACUUUCUUUAAAUAUGAUUGGAAACAGCAUUGUGUGAACAGGCUGCUUCUAUAGUAAUGAGUCAUCCCUUUAUUUACAGUAUGCAUGCUGGCAUUCUUUGUUAAAAAAUAUAUUCUUUCAAUUGGUUUUUAGUAAGGUUUACAUUUUUUGAAAAACAAAAUUUCAUCUUUUUAAACGAUAAUCAUCAAUAUUAACAGAAUGCAUACUUUUUUGUCUAAUGACAUCAAUAUCAUGUACAAGUUUCACUUGAAUUGAAUUUCUGGAACAAAUUAACUUUUAGAGUAUACUGGAAUUUAUUGAGCUGCACCUGUAUAAUACUGAACAUUUUCUAAUUGUUCACUUUAUGAUGUCCAAUUAAGACCCAUGACUAUUAGUCCAUUAACUUACUGCCAUUUUUAUCUAUAUAGUAUACAAAAUGGAUUGUAAUAUUAGAACAUUUUAUAUAUUCAUAUGUUUAGAACUGUAACUGGUCAUUUUAUUAAAGAGUACAGAGGCAGGCCAGAGCUGGCCUAAAGUAUCAUGGAUGACAGCACUUGUGAUAUCUGAUAUUUUAAUAUUAUGUACUGUAAAUUAGAGCAGUUAGACUGCUGAGAUGUUUUCUGGAGUAAAUAAUUUUUUCGUGUAAUAAGUUGACAUUUUAAAAGUAGCCUAGGUGGGGUUUUUUUUUCCCCCAUUCCUUUAUAUGUGGUGCAAUCAACUAAAAUCCAAAAGUAAAGACAAAUGAUCUAGAAUCAUCAUUUGAACGAACAAGAUGGAGAUCGGUAUUCAUCUCACAGAUUCCCUCAUUUACCCAGCCAGAAAUAACUUCUGAGUUCUAGAAGCCUACACAAUUUUUUCCCAAUUCCUACCAAUAUAGAAAGUGUGUAUUACUUUCAAUUUUUAAACUACAAUAAUGGUCGGGAUCGGAUGUAAAUUGCAUGAUAAUUGGAACAAGGAUGAUAUAAAACUGAAUACUGAUCAUAGCUGGAAGCCUCUCAAAUCUAACUAUGAUCAGGGCCCCAUACAGCCUUGGCCCGGCAGACUCACCUAAAGUAUCCGCGCUGUGGGUAGUUUUUAAUCACAGUGAGUCAGUUAGCAUGCUACAUCUCCUGCACGCUAUAACUGAUGAAAAAACAUGAAACUUUUUUGGCUUUUUACACUCUAAACAGCACUAAAUGCUGUCUGAUGUUCCAAAGUCUGUAUUUCCACUAUUUUCAUUGGUAUGUGUUAUUCUAUUUUUAGAAAUAAACUUAAAUGUUUUCCCUAAUUGGCCUAAAGGGAUAGUUUAAAAUUAAAAAGUAAAGUUCCAGUAAAUUGUAAUAGAAGUUGACAUCUUCCCUCGUGAGAUAUUAACUGCUUAUUAACUUUUAACUAAGAUUAAAAUAAUAGUUUAGGAUUUUUCAAGUGAGUUUCAGAGGAUCAGUACAAGAAGACAUUGACCCAGUCAUAAAUGUAGCAAUGGAGCACCUUGAGCAGAAUAGAAAUUUGGAACCAAGUGGGAUUUUACUGUGAGUUUUACACGAACCAAACAUUACUUUGCUGGAGUGCCUUCCUGUGCAAACAGAGAAUCAAUUAAACAAAACAUGACUCCUGUACUCAGCUGCAAGUGCUACAGCCAUGGAUCCCAGCAUCCCGGACAGAUUAUACAGAAAUACUUAAAUUGGUUGUGAGUGCUCAGUAAUGAAAAAAAUAUGCUCUUGUCCAACUGAGUAAAAGCAAAUGGUGUAUAUUUUUAUGUUUCUUCAUCCUGGUUUGAUGAUUUUGUCUGUUUUGGAUUUGGAAGCUAGACUGAUGUUCUUUAAUGUCUCACAUAUACAUACCAUUUACUGCAUGAGUGAACGACGUUGCACUUGCUAAACAUAUUCCCUGACCGCAUAACUGUACUUUCGAUCAUACUUUAAAUUUGUUUGAGCACUUUGUGUGAAGACCAAAAUGAGUUUAAGAAAAAUACGUGGAAGGCUUGAGCAACAUGCAAAUCUCUGGUAAAAGACAAAAAAAAAUAGCAUGCACUGUCUUAACAUUUUGAUUAAACCCAAAAACCUAC